AGGAAGUUUGAGUAUUUCCAUGCGAGUCACUCAUGUGAAGCGAAAUCACCUUCAAGGCGAUGGGGCCGAAGAGGUGGCGGGGCGUGUGGGCUACGUGGGUGAAAUGCUGCUGAGUCUGUCAAACCUGUUACCGGGCGUUUCAGAGCAGAAAAAUGCAGAGGGACACGCCCUCGACUCCAAUCCAAAAGUUUGGAAAGGAAAAGAGCCAGCGAUUUCUGACAGAAGUUUCGUCAGGGUUUGGCUGUGCGACGGAACAGCUACGCCCCGCAGCCGAGUCUCAGCGCCCAGCUCGGGAAACAUGUCGCAGCCACACAAGAAAAAACCGAAAGAGGCCAGAAAGGGAGGAACAAAGACUGAUUUGGCUAAAUCGAAGCCGGGAGUCAGCAUGAGUACACGAUCGUCAGAGGAAAAGACAAAAGCCAGUGAACCUGUUAAGGUGGAAGGUUCUAAACCAAUGAGCUCAACUAGUAAGUCAGCAGAAAAGCCAGGGUCGGCAGCAGCACACAAAUCGGCAGACUCAUGCAAGUCCAAGAGGACAGCUGGUUCUUCGGCCGUAUCUAGUGGAGCUGCUGGAGUGAAACAGCAACAGCCACAAACCACAGCAACCCAUCAGAGCAAAAUGGGUCAGAAGGUGACCAAAACAUCUAAACUGGACACAAAGGAAAGUCUUGCCGGAACACUUCCAACAAAAGUGGCAGGCACUUCACUUCACAAAAACAAUGACUCAAAGAUUCAGAAAACUAAGCAAUCCUGCAGGACAGAUGCAGAAAAUGUCAACAACCUGCCUUUCAAAGAGGAUUUACUUCAGAAGCAUUUAGAAGAUGUAAUGAAGAUAAUAAGAGAUAUGAAAAGUCAGAUUGUGAGUGAAGUAACCCACAUGAUUGAAGAACAGAUAAGCAUCCUAAAAGCAACCAUUGUCAAGUCUUUGGAAAAUGCAAGCAUUGAGCAGAAGAAAACAGUAAUUGCACCUCUGAAAAAUGUAUCAGAAAUUGAGGAUGGCAAACCAAUGUUGAGUGCCUUUGAACAACUCAUGGAGCCAUUUCCAUCACAGGGACGAGAUGCUCCAGUUCCUAAAUGCACUGGGCCUGCAGCGAAGGAUAAAGAUCCACUUGACCUACUUGCAGAAACCCUUCCAUCCGAGGCACCUGACAAUUCAGCUCCAAAAUACACUGGUCCAGAAGUGAAGGAAUUGGAUGUAACUAAGAAGAAAGGUGAACGAGUGGGAGAGCGUGAAGACACAAUACCACCUGAUUACCGAUUCAAAGACCAGCCUGAUCCUAAGGAUAAAGGUAAACCAACAUCUUUCUCUGCUGGUCCAGGAGCUAAACCAAAGACAACAGAGAAGAGUAUGACAGAGGGUGACAUUCUGGAUUCUCUGUCAGCUGACUUUGUCCAAAGUUCUGCUGCUCCAGUUUCAAAAUGCUCGGCUACAUCCUCUCACUCUGCAGCACCACCCUCUACACUGAAGCAGGCACCCUUGCAAGCUUCAACAGCUGCCACUGUUUCGACAAGUCAAACUGGUGAUAAGGAUAAAGAUCCAUUUGACCUGCUUGCAGACACCCUUCCUUCAGAAGCACCAGACCAGUCAGCUCCCAAGUACACUGGUCCUCCAGUGAAGGAAUCACAUUUAACCAAGCAGCAGAUUGAACGAAUGGGAGAACGAGAGGACACUCUGCCACCUGAUUACAGAUUUAAAGAGCAGCCUGAUCCAAAGGAUAAAGGGCAACCAGCCUCCUCCACUGGUCCGGGAGCAAAACCAAAGACUAUGACAGAAAGUGAUGUCCUGGAGUCUCUGUCAGCAGACUUUGUACAAAGCUCUCCAGCAACAAUUUCUAAAUGCUCGGCUACAGUUGCCCGCUCCGCAGCACCGCCCUCUCAGCAGCAGCAGGCACCUCUGCAAGCUUCAAAAGCUGCCUCAGUUUCUGCAAGUCAAACCGGUAAGAAGGAUAACGAUCCAUUUGACCUGCUUGCACAAACCCUUCCAUCAGAAGCACCAGACCAAUCAGCUCCCAAAUACACUGGCCCUCCUGUGAAGGAAUCAGAUGCAACUAAGAAGCAGAUUGAACGAGUGGGAGAACGAGAAGACACAAUACCACCUGAUUACAGAUUUAAAGAGCAGCCUGAUCUGAAGGGCAAAGGGCCACUGGCUUCCUCUGCUAGUCCAGGAGCAAAGCCAAAGACUAUGACAGAAAGCGAUGUCCUGGAGUCUCUGUCAGCAGACUUUGUCCAAAGCUCUCCAGCAACAAUUUCUAAAUGCUCGGCUGCAGUUUCCCACUCCGCAGCGCUACCCUCUCUGCAGCAGCAGGCACCUCUGCAAGCUUCAACCGCUGCCUCAGUGUCUGCAAGUCAAACUGGUGCUGAGGAUAAAGAUCCAUUUGACCUGCUUGCAGGAACUCUUCCAUCAGAGGCACCUGAUGAUUCAGCUCCAAAAUACACUGGUCCGGAAGUGAAGGAAUCAGAUGCAACUAAGAAGAAGGCUGAACGAGUUGGAGAACGAGAAGACACAUUACCACCUGAUUACAGAUUUAAAGAGCAGCCUACUCCUAAGGAUAAACUGGCUUCUUCCUCUACUGGUACAGGAGCAAAACCAAAGACUAUGACAGAAAGUGAUGUCCUGGAUUCCUUGUCAGCAGAUUUUGUCCAAAGCCCUCCAGCUCCAGUUUCAAAAUGCUCAGCUGCAACGUCUCAUGCUACAGCACCACUCUCCAUGCAGAAAGAGGCACCUCUGCAGGCUUCAACGGCUGCCCCAGUUUCUGCAGGCCGAACCUGUGCCACGGGUAAAGAUGCAUUUGAUCUUCUAGCAGACACCCUUCCAUCAGAAGCACCAGACAACUCGGCUCCCAAGUACACUGGCCCUGCAGUAAAGGAACCAGAUGUAACCAAGAAGAAGGGCGAACGAGUGGGAGAACGUGACGACACAAUACCACCUGAUUACCGAUUUAAGGAGCAGCCUGAUCCUAAGGAUAAAGGCAACUUGGCCCCUUCCUUCACUGGUCCAGGAGCAAAACCAAAGGUGAUGACAGAAAGUGAUGUCCUGGAGUCUCUGUCAGCAGACUUUGUCCAGAGCUCUGCUGCUCCAAUUUCCAAAUGUUCAGCUACAACAUCACAGUCUGCAGCAUCUCCCUCCAUGCAGGAGGCACCACUAAAAGCCUCCACAGCUGCCUCAGUGUCUGCAAGUCAAACUAGUGAUAAGGAUAAAGAUGCAUUCGACCUACUUGCAGAAACCCUUCCAUCCGAGGCACCUGACAAUUCGGCUCCCAAAUAUACAGGCCCUGAAGUAAAGGAAUCGGAUGCAACAAAGAAGUUAAUUGAACGGGUGGGAGAACGAGAUGACACGUUACCACCUGAUUAUAGAUUUGGGAAACAGGCUGAUCCGAAGGACAAAGGUAAACCAGCAUCUUCCUUUACUUCUCCAGGAGCUAAACCAAAGACUAUGGCAGAAGAAGACGUCCUGGAUUCUCUGUCUGCUGACUUUGUCCAAAGUUCUGCUGCUCCAAUUUCAAAGUGCUCAGCUACAGUUUCUCACGCUGCAGCACCGCCCUCAAAGCAGAAGCAGGAACCUCAGAAAGCUUCAACAGUUGCUUCUGUAUCUGCAAGUCAAAGUGGUCUUAACGAUAAAGGUGCGUUUGACCUGCUUGCAGAAUCCCUUCCAUCGGAGGCACCCGACACUUCAGCUCCAAAGUACACUGGUCCUGCAGUGAAGGAAUCUGAUUCUUCCAAGAAGAAGGCUGAGCGUGUGGGGGAAACUGAAGAGUCCAUACCUCCUGAUUACAGAUUUACUGAGCAAGCUGAUCCAAAGGAUAAAGGCAAAAGUAAUCUGCUGUCUUCCUCCACUGGUGCAGAAACAAAACCAGAGACUAUGACAGAACGUGAUGUCCUGGAGUCUCUGUCAGCAGACUUUGUCUCUGCUGCUCCAAUUUCUAAAUGCUCGGCUGCUGUUUCCCACUCUGCAGCGCCGCCCUCUCUGCAGCAGCAGGCACCUCUGCAAGCUUCAACAGUUGCCUCGGUAUCUGCAAGUCAAAGUGGUGCUAAGGAUAACGAUCCAUUUGACCUGCUUGCACAAACCCUUCCAUCAGAAGCACCAGACAAUUCAGCUCCCAAAUACACUGGUCCUCCAGUGAAGGAAUCUGAUGUCUCCAAGAAGAAGGCUGAACGUGUGGGAGAAACUGAAGGAUCCAUUCCUCCUGAUUAUAGAUUCACUGAGAAAGCUGAUCCAAAGGAUAAAGGUAAACUAGCCUAUUCCUCCACUGAUCCAGGAGCUAAACCAAAGUUACUGACAAAGGCCGAACUGGUAGAUAAUCUUUCAUCAGAUUUCGACUCUUCUUCAGCCUCACAGAUCUCCAAACAGAAGGAGACAAAAGAGAAACCUGCUGCUAAAUCUGAUACAAAGAAAGCCCGUAAACACUAAAGUUAGCAAAACAGGUCCUGGUUUACAACUGACCACUGUGCACGUUUGUUUUUUCCAUUGGGAAUAUGCUUCUGUAUAAAUAUCUGUGGUUUCCAAUCAAUUUUCCAAAGAGCUGCUGUAUCACUUUGUGGGGAGCUUUAUGAACAAUCAACUUUAGAACUUAGCUUUACAGCAUUGUAUGAAAUAUUACACUCUCUCUGAAGAUUCCUGAACUGGAUUUAUAUAUUUAAAAUUCUUUUUCUAAGUGGGAAGGAUGGAAUGUUUGUAGGAAAUGUUUACCACUAAUAUAUACUGUAAAAUAAUUAGUGUUACAUUUUUGAUGCUGUGUGACAUUUGUUGAAGUUCAGUUAGAUUUCUUUGUCUGAAUCAGGAAAUGUCUCAAGACUACGCACAGUAUUGAAUUCCUUUCCCUGGGAACUGUCUAUGCCUAAACCAGACUAUCCAUAACCUUGGUGUUACAUUUGAUCCUGGGAUAAGCUUCUGCCAACAUAGUUGUGCCAUGAAGAGAAUGGCCUAAUGUUGUAACCAUGUCUGACUCCACCCUGCCCCAGCUGUGCUGCUUCUCUCCCUUGGCCAGGUUCUGUCUUCCAAGUUUACAAAAACCUUAGCUCAUUACAAAAACUCUUUGCCCAAAUUCUAACUCACCAGACCCCAUGAUUAACUACAGGUUCACUGACUUUCAUUGGCACUACAUCUGGAACUAUGAGUUUGAAAAUGCUCCUGAUUUUCAGGCUCCUAUCUGGCCUUGGCCCUCCUCAUCCUGCAACCCUACCAGAUGUGCUUCUCUAAUUCUGGUCACUUAGAGGGAUUAAAAUCAGGGAUUACAAUCACUGGCACCCAUACCUUCUGACCACUGAAAUUCAUUAGCAGAACAGUUCUGCUCCCUCUGAGAUGCUCCUUAAAUACAUUACUUUGAAUACAAUCUUGUUCACAUGUCCUAAUGUAAUCUUAUGUGACUUGGUGUCAAACCUUGUUUAAUAAACUCCUGUGAAGUGCCUUGGAACAUUCGGCAAUGUUAAGGGUACUACGGAAAAUGAACAUUAACAUUGAACUUGACUAAAAAGGCCUGAACAAAGCUUCUGGGAUGGAUUACAUUUGUCCUAAUGCAGCACAGCAUGAAACAUUGUGUUUGAGUCUCAACUAUUCUACUUUAUGACUCGGGUGUAUUAUGUCACAUGGGUACAAAGAGAAUCUAAAAUUAAAAUGCAAUGACCGUAAAAAGUGUGAUUGUCAUUAA